CUCAGAACCAGCCAGGAGGCGGAAGAUCAUGCCGGCGCCUCAGGCAGAGACACCCGAGGACGCGGCAGCUCAGGCGGCGGCCGUGUCCAUCCAGGCCUGGUGGCGGGGCGCCCUGGUGCGCCGGGCGCUGCUGCACGCCGCGCUCAGCGCCUGCAUCAUCCAGCGCUGGUGGCGGCGGGCACUGGCCCGUCGGCACGAGGAGGGGCGCUGGGCGGUGCUCAACGAGUACUCGCGGAGGGAGUGGGCGGCCGUCCGGCUGCAGUCCUGGGCCCGCAUGUGGCUCGUCCGCCUCCGCUACUGCCGCGUCCUGCACGCCGCCCGCAUCAUCCAGCUGUACUGGCGCUGGCACAGCUGCCACACCCGGGGCUGCAUUCGGGGCAAUUACGACAUGAAAGAAAAGCAACUGAACCUGCACCUCGAAAUCUCUUUGGGUUCGCAGGUUUACAAAAUACGUCAGUCCAUCCCUCUCCCAAUAAAGGACACGUCAGAUCUGUAA